AUGGCCCCAUCAUGGCUGAGGUGGGCAGAGCUGCCAGCUCGGACAGAUAUCCACCAAGAUAAAGGAACAACAAAAUGGGGCAACCACGACCUGUAUCCCAUCGUGGAGAAGGAGCGCACCUACGGAAUCGGUGCCUACCUGCUUUUCUGGGUCACCUGCGGCGGUGGUCUCUCUACUUUCGCCAUUGGAUCGUCUUAUGUUACGCUUGGCUUAACUGCUGGUCAGACCUGUGGUGCUGUCUUAAUCGGCGCAUCUCUUUCGUCCUUGAACGCCCUGCUUAUGGGCAAGGUGGGGGCCAUUAACCACUUGGGAUUUGUACACAUCUCCAUUCCCGGCCAUCUAGAUAUGAACCUGACUUUCAUAUACCAUGUCCGCGCCAAUAUGGUCUUUUUCGGCUUGCAAGCAUAUUAUGGAGGGCAAGCAAUCUCACUAAUGCUUGGUUCUAUGUCUCCCUCAUAUUUGCAUCUGAAAAAUACAUUGCCUGAAAGUUCUGGAGUAACCACUCAAAACCUCGUUGGCUUCUUCCUCUAUAUGAUCCUAUAUGUUCCAGUUAUUCUGUUCGUCCCACCACAUAAGCUAGAACCACUUAUGUGGCCAGCCUUCAUCGGAACAAUGGGAACCGUUUUUGGGAUCAUGGCCUAUGCCGUCAGUGUGAAUGGAGGCUCGGCUGGAAAUUUGGUUUCGCCUGCAGUUGCCAUAUCCUCGAGCAACCGAGCUUUUAGGUUUAUUCAGUGUAUCUCCACAGUCGUUGGCACAUAUGGAGGUGCUGCUGAUCGAUUUGCGGACUGGACCCGUUUUGCCAAGAAGAAGGAUUCCCAUGUUAUUGGAACUAUUCUCGGAAUGCCCAUUGUCAUCACUCUCUGCUCCCUCCUCGGCGUUUUGACUGCCUCUGCAACAAAGGCGCAUUAUGGAACGACGUACUGGCAACCCCUGACCUAUCUCCAGUUUGUACUAAAAUCGGAGUACACAGCCGGAUCUCGAGCUGCACUCUUCUUCGCCGGAAUGGCAAUCUUCGGUCAUCAGGUUUUUGUAAACGCUACUCAGAACAAUAUCACAGCAGGAAUGGACCUCGCGGGCGGAUUUCCUCGCUAUGUCUCCAUGAAGAGAGGCUCUCUCAUCCUUUGCACACUUGGCGUUCUUUGCCAGCCAUGGCGCUUCUUCACCCAAGCCACCGUCUUCCUUUCCGUCAUCGGCAGUUUUGGUGUCGUCACUGGACCUACGACUGCAAUCCUCAUUAUCGACUAUUAUGUCCUCCGCAAAGGAAACUGGAAGAUCCCAGACAUGUUCAACGGUGGACCACAAUCCAUUUACUGUUAUUACAAGGGCAUCAACUUUCGUUCCACAGUGCCUUACAUUAUUGCAAUCCUGCCUUCAAUGCCUGGUCUUGUCGAGAACGUCAUGAGCAAGACGAAUUCAGCGGUCAAAAUCUAUCAACUCAACUGCAUCGUCGGUUUCGUUAUCAGCGCAAUACUGUUCUUUGCCGCCAACAAGAUGUUCCCACCACCGGGAACAGAUAUCGGUGAGCCGUUUGAGGCCUGGGAGGGCCCGGCGCGAUCGAAGGCCUGGGUGUCACUGGCUCUGAUAGCGGCAGUGGCAUGGUUACCCCGACGAAGGGAGGAAUAA